CGCUCCUCCACUACAAACAAGGCUCCCAAUCCCAGCCUGACAAGCCCACCAACGCCCCGCCCUCAAGAUGAGUUUCGUUCCCGUGAACCCCCGCCCUAUGCUGCAGGACCUUGUCGAUAAGGACAUCGUCGUUCGUUUGAAGUGGGGCGAGACCGAGUACAAGGGCAGACUGGUCAGCAUCGACAGCUACAUGAACAUCCAGCUGCGAGAUACCGAGGAAUACAUUGACCAGAAGAUGACCGGAACCCUUGGCCAGGUCCUCAUCCGGUGUAACAACGUUCUCUGGAUCCGAGGCGCAAACCAGGGCGAGAGCGGCGAUGUCAAGAUGGAGGGCUGAAAACAAACGACUCACGUGCGAACGACAAACUAGACCAUGCGAGCGAAGGCGCUACACUUACGAAAGGAGGAGGCGGAUGACCAGCAUGGCAUUUGGUUCCGGGAGGUCUUUGGAGUCAUUGGUCUAGGAAGACUGAGAUUGGUUUCGGAACCGGCGUUUAUGGCUGUUGGUAGGGGUGCAUCAACCGAGCAAAGAGACCCCAUGUCGUGUGCUGGUCGGUCGUGAUAUCGAACAUCACAUGGAGGAGGAAACACAGUCACAAGCACACACGACUCCCCGUCUACAAACAAA